UUUACCUUUAUUUUUAGAAUGGUAGACUUUAAAGUCCAACAGCGACGUUAUCGCAGUAAAGAGAAAACCAUUGUAUCAACAAUUUAUGGACCCGUUAAGGGAGUUAAACGUAAAUCAAUAUACGGUGAUGUUUUCUUCUCAUUUGAGAAAAUUCCAUUUGCUAAACCCCCCAUUGGUGAACUAAGAUACAAAGCACCACAACCACCAGAGCCAUGGACAGAAGUUAGAAGUUGUACUUCGGCUGGACCGAAACCAUUGCAAAAGCAUUUUGUCUUUCAAAUGACCGAUGGCUCAGAGGAUUGUUUGUAUUUGAAUGUUUAUACAAAGAAUUUGGAUCCCAUUAAACCUUUACCCGUUAUGGUUUGGAUUUAUGGUGGUGGUUUCCAGUUUGGUGAAGCCUCACGUGACCUUUAUAGUCCGGACUAUCUAUUAAGAGAAGAUGUAGUGGUUAUAUCUAUAACCUAUAGAGUGGGUCCCUUUGGUUUCUUGUGUUUACAAGAUCCCAGUUUUGAUGUACCCGGCAAUGCGGGUCUUAAAGAUCAAGUUAUGGCUUUACGUUGGAUUAAAGCCAAUUGUGCUAGCUUUGGUGGUGAUCCUAAUAAUAUCACAUUAUUCGGAGACAGUGCUGGUGGCGCGUCUGUCCACUAUAUGAUGUUGACCGAACAAUGUAGAGAUCUUUUCCAUAAGGCCAUCUGCAUGUCGGGAUGUGCUUUAUCACCCUGGGCUGUAACUCCACAACGCAAUUGGCCCUAUCGUUUGGCUGUAGCUGCCGGUUAUACAGGCGAUAAUAAUGAAAAGGAAAUAUUUGAAUUUCUUAAGAGUGCCAAAGGAGCCGAUAUAAUUAAGGCCAAUGAAGAUUUAUGCACAGAUGCAGAGAAGAGAGAACGUAUUGGAUUUUCAUUUGGACCUGUUAUAGAACCCUAUAUAACCGAACAUUGUGUGGUACCAACUAAGCCGAUAGAAAUGAUGCGUACAGCUUGGAGUAAUAAUAUACCCAUGAUUGUGGGUGGAGUUUCAAAUGAGGGAUUAUUAUUGUAUACAGAAACUAAAAAUAAUCCAAAAUUAUUAAAUGAAUUGGGUGAUUGUCGCUAUGUGGUGCCCUUGGAAUUGAAUAUGGAUCGUAAUAGUGAAUUGUGCAAGGAGUAUGGCGAUCAAUUAAAGACCACAUACUAUGGUGAUAAAGAACCCAGUCUAGAGACUUUACAUGAAUAUUUGUUGAUGGUUUCCCAUGAAUAUUUCUGGUUUCCCAUCUAUCGUACAGUAUUGUCCCGCAUGGAGCAUGCCUCCACAGCACCCACCUAUUUAUACCGUUUCGAUUUCGAUUCAAAGCAUUUCAAUCACUUGCGCAUUUUAAGUUGUGGCAAAAAAGUACGUGGCACCUGUCACGGCGAUGACCUCUCUUAUUUAUUCUACAAUUCAGUGGCACGUAAACUAAAGAAACAUACCAAAGAAUACAAGUGUAUUGAACGUUUAGUGGGCAUGUGGACACAUUUUGCCACCUGCGGCCAACCCAAUUAUGAUCCGGAACAUAGUGAUUUAUGGCAACCGGUCUCAGCUGCUGCUUUAGAGAAAAGACAAAUAAAGUGCCUUAACAUAACGGAUGAAUUGAAAGUUAUUGAUGUUCCCGAAAUGAAAAAGCUAUUGGUAUGGGAAAGCUUUUUUACACGCAACGAAUUGCUAUGAUUUAGUUAAAAUUUCAAUACUAUAAGAUAAAAGAUAAAUUGUUAAAACAUAUAUAUAUUUUUAUACUUUCUUUUUUAAGAAAAAAGAAAGCUAAUUUUUUUGUAUACAAAAGCUCAGCCUAUAGUAUGUUGGUAGCUUUAAACUUACACUAAAUAACGAAACUUAAGUAUAAUAUAUGUUUCUUGCCAUAGAGAUUGUUUGUCUUGGAAAAAGUCUGGAUUACAAAAAGCUUUAAUGUAAAUUUAAUUUGGUUGACCUAGAAAUUUGUAUAUGAAUAGUUUGGAUCAAAGUUGGGUUAUGCAUAGUUUACCUUACAGAAAACUAUGAGGAGUGCUUAGAAAAGCUUAUUUAAUUAAGUUUUUCAGAAAUUUUAACAUAAAAAAUAUUACUAACUAAAACUUUUGAAGUUUUUAAUAUUGAAACCAAAUAGACUUUUAGAAAGCUUUUUAUAUAUACUUUUUUUUUAAGAAAAAUAGCAAUUUUAAAGAAAAUUUAUAAUAAGUUCGUAAUAAGCACAAAAUCUUAGUUAAAAAGUUUAAAAUAAUUAAAAGCUUUUUUUAUUGAAUAUGAAAAAUUAAUAUUAAGAAAAUAGUGAAUAACCUAUGAACAGUUAUUCCAGCAAAGCUUUUUGCUAUGUUAACUUUUGUUUUAAGAAAAGCUUAGAAAACCUACUUUAUUUAUAUUGUUUUACGAAUUUUAGCGAAAAGCUUAUUUUCUUUAGAAAUUAAAACAAAUUGUUAGGCAGCUUUUUGAUGGCUUUAAUUCUAGAAUUAUAAAAGCUUUUUUUAAUUAGACAAACAAAUUGUAAUUAUACUUAAGAUCGUUGCCAGUUAUUUGGAAAAGUUUUGUUUGGAAUGUGUGAAGACGAAUUAUUGUGAUUUAGGAAUGAGUUAUAAGUUUCGAUAAAAAAUAUAAUAAAAUUUAAACUAAACAUUGAAGACGCAACAUAAGUACCUUGGAAAGUUAAAAAAAUUCUUAAACAAAAAUUUAAAUGUUUUUUUUUUUUUAUUAAAAAUCAAUGAAGAAAGCCCAAACUAUUAGUAAACAUAAGAUUUGCUGCUUUUUUAACAUACAUCUUCCUAAACUUAAACUACUCUACUCCAUUUCUAUGUCUCCUUCCUAUUGCUAGGUUAAAGAAAAACUUAAAAAAAAAUUUAUUAAUUUAGGUUUAAAAAAAAAAAUACAGCCCAAGGCUUUAUUAUAAACUAUUUACAUAUAGUUAUAUUUGUUUGAGUAAAUUAUUAUGUUUAAGCAUAAACAUCUACAAAGAAAAAUGUAUUCUAUAAACAUACAUAUACAUAUUUGUUAAACUAUUUCCAUUGUUAAUUUAUUUAUUAAGUAGCCUUAACAAAAAUUGAGUUAAACUAAACAAAUUACAAAAACCAAAAAAAAAAAAAACGAUAAAAACAAAACCCUCCGUAAAUUUAAAGUAUUUAAUAAAAGUUAGAAACAAGCUAACUAUUGAAACCAUAAACUCCGUUUAAAUCAACUAUUUUGCAUUAAUAUAAUUGUCACAAAAAUGCAGCACACAUUAGUAAAACUUAAUUUUGCACAAGAAAAAAAGAAUAUAAAAAUUUAAUUAUAGAUGUAUUUUUAUAAAAAAAAACAAAAAGUUCAAAUAAUUGAAAUAGUUAUAAAAAUAAAUAUUAUUGUAACUGUUCUAAAUCUUAUCAGGUAUAACAAAAUAAGAUGAAUUAUUGUCAAACUAAAAUAACAAAUUAAAAAAAAAAAAAAAAACAAAGUAAAUUUUAAUCAAUAAACUAUAAUUCAAAAGAAACUUUUGAAAU